UGUUGUUGUCCACACAAUUUUUCAGUUUCCUUUCCUUCACUGCAUGCAGUAAUGCUGCUUCAUAGACUGCAAGAAAAGUUUCAAGAUAGGAAGCUUUUUUACUAAUUUAUUCAGCAAUUUUCUGCAGUUUUGGGUUGUUGGGUUGCAUUUUGGUCAGGUACUUUUUACAACAAUCUGUGUUUAAUAUCAUCACUGACCAUAAGGCUGGAAAGAAUCGAAAGAGGUCAUCUAGCCCAGCCUCAGGACCUGAGGACAGAAUCUAAUCUCUCCUUGCUGAGUGAUGCUUGUCUAACCUGUUCUUAACAGUCUCCAGUGAUUGCUUCAGCACCAUGCCUAAACAAUCUGUCUUAAUUAUGAUAACUGUCCCUGCAGUGCUCUUAGAUAAUUUUUCUAAAACUGUUCAUAAUAAAAAUUACCACUGUUGAAUAAAAACAUUCUAUAUUGUCCUCAAAGUGCAAACACACAAAACUGGAAUCUGAGGAAGUGAACAAAUAACCCAAAAACAAAAGAGGUGGAGAAGGGAAGAGAAAGAAUGGUGCAAACAACUAUAGAAUAAAAAUACACAGCCUGAGAUUAGCAGCUCAUUCAGCUUUCAGCCCGAAAGCCUUUAACUCUAUGCAGCUCAGUUGAGUUUUUUCAGACUGGGCUGCUUUCAGAAAUCUGUGGGACAGGCAUGGAAAAUAAUGGAAACAAGCCCAUGCAGGGAAAAAAUCUACCACUCCAGUUGCUAGAAAGGCAUAACUGGGAGCAGUAAGAGUUAAUUCCAUCAAAAAAAGAAGCAUUUUUUAGUCUCAGAGAACUGAAGGAAAAACAGUUUGGGGCGUGUCCACACAGAGACUUGGAGAUACAAAGAUAAACUAUCCUGAAGCAAUACAUUUUCUUUUAAUACUUCAGAUGGAAAAACCUCCAGCUAACUGUAAGCUUGGUCUAAGACAACACCACCCUUUGCAUAAAGGUAGGUUUGUCAUGGCUGGGGCUGCUACAAUAUGCCAGAGGACCAGGAAUGGAAUUUCAAAGGAAUGUUCUUUCCAACAAUAACGUUUGUUUGCAUGAGAUUCGUAUCAGUUCCCACUGCAUUCAACUGUCCUUUUAAUAUUUCCAGAGUAUUUCUAUAGAUACAAUCUGCUUCUAGAUGGGCCCAUUUCUGACACAUCUGUUUGCCUCAGUGUCCUUCUGCUUCUCAGUUUUGAUAAAUCCUUUUGUGCCAGAGAUGCCCAAUCUGAUCCCAGGAGUGAUCAUCAGAGGUUUUAAGGUAUUUCUUGAGUUCUCCUGAGACAAGUGCUGAUAAAGAUAAGAGUUAGCCCUGAACAAUUCAGGAUUCUAAGUAAGGCAAGAAAAGUAACAAGAGAUCUUUAUUCAUUAUUCAUUGUCCAUGACUUCAAAAAUAACCGUACCCUCUGCUUCAGCUUAAUUUUAAAAUAUUGUCUUCAAUGUCCCUUUCCACCCUUGGAAACAAACCAUACCUACACACUUUCAGAAUCUCCAGAAAGCCAUUUUAGCUCUUCUAAGAGAUUUGCAGUGACUGCCAGUGCUACCAGACUGGUUUGUUUGUUUGUUUGUUUGUUUUUGAUAGAUGCAGUGGCCAAUUUUUUGAAUUGAAAAAAUCAUAGGACUGACGCUAAGCCUUUGGAAGAUCUCAGUACUAGACUAUUAAUGACAGUUAUACUUGUGCAAGUAGUUAUAUAUCUAGGUUACUGGGAAAACUUUGAGAAUAUGCUAGUGAAGCUGGCAUAAAAAUAUGCCAGGAAACAGAUAUUGAUAUUAUUGACCAGGAAGGUUAAUUUUUUUCUCCCUCCUGUAGUGUUGCAUAUCAGAAAAAAGCAUAUAUCUAUCCCUUCUGGAAUAAUUAACAAGUCACCAUUGCAAAGGAGCCAUGAUAAAACAGUUCCUAUAAAAUUCUGUUUUAUUUCUUUGUGAACAUGAUGCAUUCACACAAUAGAUAUAUAUUUUUGCAAGCCUUACCUGGUGUACUUAGGGUUAAUGUUGCUAGUACCCUGCUACUAUCUCCUUGGUUGUGUUGCUACUAGGUGGUGUUGCUUGCAGAUGUAAUGCCAAAUUUUGCACUUUAAAGGGAGCCUUGCUAAGUUUUGUACUGAGAAAAAUAGUCUUGUACUGAUGAAAUAUUAUACUUUCAGCUAGGAAAAAAGCACCUAGGAGAUAUUUGCUAUGUCACAACACUCAGAAAUGUACUUUAAAAUGAAACUAUCAAACGUAAUGAAUUCUUCCAGUUAGCAAUAGUCUCAGUAAACACAUUUCUUUGACAAAGUUUUCUUUUCAGAGUCUGGCAUGCCAGAGGUUGAUGGGGGAGGGGAUCUGCAAAAAGGAAAUUUGUUCUUCUGUGGUGGAAGGAAAGCCAUGAAAGAGGAAGGAACAAAUUAUGACAUCGACAUCUAAAGGAAUUUUCCGGCCAUUUUUGAUUAUCUUCAUUGUCCUUGGUUGUUUCAUGGCAUUUAUACUAAUUUAUAUUAAACCAACAAACAGCUGGAUCUCUGGUCCUAUAGAAUCAGCCAGCUCAGUUUUGAAAAUGAAGAACUUCUUUUCUUCCAAAACUGAUAAUGUUAACGAGACUACUAUUUUGAUCUGGGUUUGGCCAUUUGGUCAGACAUUUGAUCUAACAUCCUGCCAAACAAUGUUCAACAUCCAUGGGUGCCAUCUGACUAUUGACCGCUCCCUAUAUAACAAAUCCCACGCAGUUCUCAUUCAUCACAGGGACAUUAGCUGGGAUCUGACUAAUUUACCUCAGCAAGCCAGGCCACCAUUCCAGAAAUGGAUUUGGAUGAACUUGGAGUCUCCAACUCAUACUCCACAAAAAAGCGGCAUUGAACACCUCUUUAACCUGACCCUUACUUAUCGGCGUGAUUCAGAUAUUCAGGUGCCUUACGGCUUCAUGAUGGUCGGUACAAGUUCCUUUACAUAUGAAGUGCCAAGUAAAGAAAACUUGGUGUGUUGGGUUGUAAGUAACUGGAACCCUGAGCAUGCUCGAGUCAAGUAUUACAAUGAGCUUAGCAAAUACAUUGAAAUCCAUACCUAUGGGCAAGCCUUCGGAGACUACGUCAAUGAUAAAAACUUAAUUCCAACUAUCUCUACUUGUAAAUUCUACCUUUCAUUUGAAAAUUCAAUCCACAAAGAUUAUAUUACUGAGAAACUUUACAAUGCUCUUCUGGCUGGAUCAGUACCAGUUGUACUGGGCCCUUCCAGAGAAAACUAUGAGAAUUACAUUCCAUCAGAUUCUUUCAUACACGUGGAAGAUUUUCUCUCCCCAAGAGAGUUGGCAGAAUAUCUUCUAAUGCUUGACAAAAAUAACAAGAUGUACCUUAGUUAUUUCAACUGGAAAAAGGAUUUCUCAGUGCAUCUUCCUAGGUUUUGGGAAUCACAUGCAUGUCUUGCUUGUGAUCAUGUGAAAAGACACCAGGAAUACAAGUCAAUUGGAAAUUUAGAAAAAUGGUUUUGGAAUUAAUCUCUGUGUGUGUGUGUAUGUCUGUGUGUGUGCGCGUGUGCACUUUUUUGAAGACGCCAGAAGAAUCUUUAGUCCAAGUGGAGAGGAAAGAAAUAAGAAAAAAAAAAAAAGAAGAAGAAGGAAGAGAAAACCUUAUGUCAUGGUUUAUCAGCUAUCCUCCCUUGGCUGUCCUAUUUAUAUUUUGUAAGAGAUUUUAAAGAUCAUGAGCAGCAGUCAUCAAUACUCAGUUUUAAAUUAUAAUGUACAUACUAAUUAUGUGCACUGAAGAAUAUUUGAUUGUUUACUAUAAUUUUUAAACAAGAUUUUUCACAUUGUCUGUGAAGUAUGCCUCAGUCUUGCACAUAAAGUAGUCAUUUUUAACAUUUUUUUUCCUUUUUUAAAAGAUUUUAUUUGCUUUUUAACCUAUUUGGAAAAUGAGGACACGACUCUUAAAUGCCAUAGAGAAUUUUAAGAACAUAAUUUUCUGUUCUAUUCUGAAAUGUGUGUAAUGUUUUAAAAAACAGUAAAGUUUUUUUAUGGGUCAUCUUGUAUUUUAAGAACACAGUGAAGUUCAAUAUCUGACAUUAUUCCAGUGUGAUCAAUCACACCCCUUUUUAAGGAUGCAGAAUGUAGAAAUACACAAUAGCAGACACUCUGUUUCUAAAAAGGAUGAGUUUCCUAAGAAACAGCUCCUAGAGUUACUUUAGGAAUAUGUUUGUUACUCUCCAAAGUGUAGAGAAAGCCAGAUAUAAACAAGAUGAACAAUCUUAGUGAUCAAAGCCCGAUUCAUCCAACUUUUGAAUGCAUUUAAAUUCAGCAUGUCCUUAAUUUUCCUUGUGUAUCAAGUAUUGUUUACCUGAAUCAGGGCUCUAAUUGGUGUUAUACAGAAGUAAACAGAUUUUAAUAUAGGCAUUUGAUCGCAUCAGACUAGUGCACUGAAUUCAGCUGGUAAUAGUAACCUUUCAGAAAUAGCUUGUUAAAAGAUUCUAGAAAUUUCUCUCUCUCUCUCUCUUUUUUUUAAUUGUCAAAUUUCUCUCCAAUUCUGUAUAGAUCUGUUGAACUGUAAUUAUAGUUGGACAACUUGCUGAGUGGCGAGUUUCUUUUCUGAAAGUAAUAUGCUGAAAAUCAGUAAAUAAGUUAUCAAGAUGACAUAUUCAACCAUUCAACUCAUUAAGCUAAUGAGUUUUGUUUUCUGAAAAUAUUUUAUGUGACAGGUAUAAACAAAUGCAUUCUUAAAAACAGUAGAUGCUUUCAAAAUCUGAAUAUACAAGCAGAUUUUUAAGUAUUAAAUUUGCUCUGAUAACAAAUACAGAAAUGUGAUGAUUGUCAUGAUUGUUAAAAAUACGUCUGUUUCUAAUGUGUGUCAUUUGAUUUUAUUACUUUUUUCUUUCAACAGCUAAGACUUAAAUUUUGGAUUGCUGUGUAUAGUACAAGGUUAGUUUAAUGACGUAGACAUAUGGAUAUAUUUUGAUGCCAACUGAAAGCCAAUCAGCUUGGAUUUUUAGGUCAAAAUAUUAGAGAUUACAGUUUCUACUGAGUUGCAGUCAGCUCUCAGAAUCUUGUGUCUACUAUUUUGAUAUGUUUUAAAAUCAUACGAGAAAUGUGAAUUCUUUUCUGACUAUAUUAUCUUUUCUUUAAACUACAGAAAGAGUUGUAAAAGAAAUUGAAGUAAAAGAAAUGUUAAAAGGUACAAACUCACUGGUAAGCAUCACACAGUAAAAUUCGUACAUUGUUCCAAUAGUUAACAGAUGAACAUUGAGUUCAAACUUUUGAGACAUCCCUAAGAAAAAGAAAAUAACAUGUAAAAAGCUUGAAACAUGAAGGUAUAAUAUGCUUUUCAUUUACUGUGAACAAAUACAUGUCCUGCUACUAAAGUAAGGCCUGGUAAAAGAAGCUACAUACAGAAAAGAAUGAAAAAAGUCUAAAGGUUUAACUGGAAAAACUUCUAGUUAUGUGAUGUAGAAGACCUUGAUGAAGCAAUUAAUUGAUAAGUACUUAAGAUUAAAUUUGCAGGCAACAAGUUUGCUGCAAUAAUGGAUCAAGUUAUAAGUGAUGAUAAGCAUUAAGAAACAAUAAAGUGAUUUGUGAGAUACUUUGUUUACCCUAGGCCGGAAUAGAAACAUAGAAGGCUGAAAGAGUAAUAUAUUUACAUUUCUGAACUCAGAAACUCAUCUGAAAAUCUUAGAGAAACACUUGUGUUCUCCCUAUGUUCUCCCUAUGUCUCCAUUUAGAUAUUUAUUUAUACUGUGUAUUGCUGUCUUAAAAAAACUAAUUUACAAGAUACUGUGAACCUCCUAAAUUCACCAGCAUUCCACUAGGAAAAAAGAUGGGCUUACCUUGCAAAUUAAUGCAACAUAAGGAAACCCAGUCUUCUAAAACCAAGUGUUGACAUCAUUGUAAUGUGAAUAAUAUUUCUAUCAUUUUGAAGGCAAGUGGCUAUUGCCCACAGGAACAAAACCUUUCUGUUUCUUCAUACUUUUUGUUUUCAGGGCUGUGAAAUUCUCAGCUGCUGAAUAUGGCACUGCUUUGGCUAGAUUACCUGAUUUCCUUGAUGCUGGAAUUUGGAAGUUCUUUGCAAUGACCUCAGUGGAAGUAUACUCACCCUUUGGUGAACAUGCACAGUCAUUUAUUUCAUUCCUCAUUCCAGAUAGCAGGAGUUGUGCUGCGCAUUACAAAGCCUUAGUCUAAGGAGACUAAUUCCUUGGCUUCAAGAUUCAGCUGAUAAAUUCUUAUAUUAAUAACAAGUAAGCACAAUAAUGAGAUGAGAUGGGAAUAUAUAUUACUUGUUACUAAAAAGAUAAAUAGGAGUACACACUGGAAAAUUUUGAAAUAUAUGCUAAGUGUUAAGCCUGCAAGUAAUAUUGUUACUUCUGUGAGAACUGGAUCCAGCCAGCAUGGCUAAUCUUGUGCUGAAUUUUAAGGUACAUGACAGUCUUUUGCUGGAACUGGAAAAGGAGUCGUUCUUGUCACAAAAACUCUACACAAGCUUGUAUACUUUGCCUUCAGGAUGCAUUACUUGAAUUGUUUCAAAGAUUAAUAAAACAGGGGAGAAAUUUAAACCAGAUUGAAAUGACUAAGAAUCAUGAUCAAAUCCUAACAUGAGACGUGGCCCUGAUGCCUCACUAAUAUUCCUGAAGUGUGUGGUCUGGAACAUAAGUGAGUCAGCCAUUUUAUGAAGAUUUUAGGGGGAUCUACGUGUAUUGUCAAGCCUUAAGCAGUCCUGAAUGUAAAGAGCUUUGCUGACAGAAGCUGUAACAUCUUUAGGCAUAUCCAGCCUAGGUGGUAAAUGAUGGGAACAAUGGAUGUAAAUUAUCUGGACUUCAUGCAUGCAAAAAUGCAGUCUGCCUGGACCUACACACCUAACUCACAGAAGAUUGAUUCCAGUCUGUCUGUGCUCUUUCUGUGUGCCAUCCUACGUGAACAAUUAGCAUAAUGGAUUCAAAUAGUAAAUCACUUUGAAGGAGAAUGGGCAAAAAUAAUUAAUUAUGGAAAGAAAAAUUACACGGAAUUAGUUAAAAUGGAAAACAAGGCAUUAUUUAUGCCAAGGUACCACUGUCAAAAGAAGAUGCUUGUACAAUAAAAGAGAAAUUAAAGAUGAGAAAUCACAUCAAUUCUUACUAUUUUCGUAACAAUUUUAUUUCAGCCAGUCAGUUCAUUUUAUUUGCCAGGCCACUAAUCCAGCAGCAUGCUUGUCACAUAUUAUAUUAUCAGUCAUUGAAGAUAGAGAGUAAUCAUUAUUCUUUCUUUUACUAUAUGUUCUUUUGGUUGUUUAUAGGAAUUCUGUGCUACACUGAACUAUCAACAUUAUACUGCCUUAAUCAGUGUGGAAAAUAAGAUCCAAAACAGAUAAAAUGCUAACAUCAGAUACAUUGCUAUCCCACUGAAUGUGAACAGACAUCAGACAAACUGGCAGCAGAUCCUUCUAAAGCAGACUUUUCCUUUCAUUUCACCAACACUCAAUGACCAUAGCAGCUCAUGCUCAAUGUGAGAUCUCCCUUCCUUAGCAAAUCUGGGUUGCCAGUUUCUUUGAAUGCCUCUUGCCAUCAAGGUGACCGUGAUUGCAAUGAACAAGCAGCCUGAGCGAGGCCCACAGACUGCAAGAAAGAACCAGCAACAUAUUUGGUUUUUAAGAAAUACAUCAAAUGAAAUGAAAGAUGGACUGAGAGAGCUAGAAUAUGGAUGUGGGGCUGCAUGUUACACUGUCUGUGUAACUGGCACUGCUGAUCACAGUAAACAGACAGUUACUGGCUCUAGCUACCUAUGUUCACUUCUCAACCUGGAACUGAAGAAAAAAAAAAAAAAAAACUACCAUAUAAUUUUAUCUUAUCAGGCAAGCAUCAAUUAAAUAACCAGUAAUUGUUGCUGAUUAUUCAAGAAUGACACUCCUGUUGGCCUUGUAUUAUCUCUUUUAUUAGAUAAAAAAUGACAUUGGGGGAGGAAGACUGAAGUCUGUCAGUAAGCUAAUCAUAUUUCCUGUUUGACAUGAAGAAUUCUUAUUCUUAAUCUUUUCUUUUUUUGAUUUUGAAAUAAAUCCUUCUGCACUUAUGCAAUAAUGCUUUUUGAAGCUAGUUCAGGAAGGACCUUAAGAACAUGCAUAUGACCAUGAGACUCAAGCACAUGCUAAAAUUUAAGAGCAUCUAAGUUUUUUAAUGCACUGUGGUUUCUAACAGUAUAUUUUUACUGUUUUUGGGAAUUGUGCCAGAGAGCACAGUCUAUAGCACAGGCCAACUUGUGUGUCCAUGGGUCUAUUCUGUGAGUAAACUGGCUACUCCAAAUUGAAAACUCUUCAGACUGGCUUAGUGCUUAUCCAUCAGACUUUGGCCCUACUCUUGUGCUUCAGCAUAUAACGUAUGCCACCAUCAUCUCAUGUCAUCCACUCAGCAUGACACCCCACCUUACAGCUUCUCUGUGCUGUGCACUUGGGUAUUGAAUACAGAGGUGAGAGCAGCUGAGGCUUGCUGAGAUGGUAUUUAGAAUACUCUCCUAAGAAGAAAGUAUAAAACCUGGUCACAUCUGCUUCCAUUUAACCCAGACUGAGUAUGUCCUAGAGGGGAUGAAUCUAAUCACAGAACAACCAUAGAAUAUCCUGAGUUGGUAGGGACCCAUGAGGAUCAUCGAGUCCAACUCCUGACUCUGCAAAGAGCAACCUAAGAGGUAAACCAUGUAUCAAAGAGCAUUGACCAAAUGCUAUUUGGGCAUUUAAACAUGAACCCCUGAUUUACCUCUUAUUUGCUUUCUGAGGAUAAGAAAAGGCAUAUAAUUGAAAAACAGCAAGUGGUCUUAUUCCCUCUGUUGAGGAAAUGUUUGCAUCCUUCAUCUUGGAGAAGUAUAUAACCAGAAACAUCUGAGUUGUAAGUAAAUUAAUUGGACUACUUAUUUAAGCUAAACUAGAAGUUUGGGAACUAGAGAUCAACAGCCUGGGAGAGACAAAGGGCACCAGCGUGUCUGUGCAGGCUGACAGGGAAGCUUCUGACCUAUUUAAAUCUAAUGGUGGAAGUUAGUCAAAUAUUCAAGUGCUUCCUUCAUCCAAAUCAGUAAACUAUUGAGAAGAGAAGCUAGGUGAAGUACUUGUUUAUCUAACAGUUGGUGGGUAUUCUUUUGAACGUUGGAUGACAAUUCUGCUGUUUUGUUUGUUUUGUUUUGUUUUUCUAAUAUAAGUGUUUUUUAGAUGUUAGACCUCAAUCAAUACAAAUACAAUUCAUACAAAAUGGUUGUUUAAGCCUCAUCUGUUACUUCGUGCUCAUGCAAAUACUCCACUGAAGUCAGUAGCUGAUUUCGGACAUUCCUAUUCAAUAAUACAGAAUGAGCCCAGAGUGGAAUGGAUGGGGUAAAAAGCAACCUUCUCAUUCGUGAAUGUUUUCCUUCUAAUAUAUGAAUAAAAAGUUCUAGUGCUACAGCCCAUUCUAACUUCAAAGAAUCAGUGUAGCAUUCAUACUGGUUAGAUAUGUUCAUAAAAAAUACAGAAAUGACAAGAAACUGAUUAAAUAAACCAUGCAGUAGUAAUUUUAAUUCAUGGCACAAAUGCCACAGAAUGAUACAGAUAAUAAAACCAUAAACUCAUGAGAAAUAAUUAGUCCUAGAGACAUCAUCCUGUGGUUUCUGUAUUGGAAAAAGUCACUUAAUUACUCUAUUGGAAAGCUAUUUAAUUGAGAAACCUUUAUGUUGCCAUAUUCUCCAUACAAUUAAGUGAACCCAACAGUUUCUGUGCAGUAGAGAGUUCAGAGAUUUGGUCACAUGGCAGAGCCUUUCACCUCAGGGUUAAUUGCCUGAAUUAUGAGGAGGUUGGUGCAGGUGGCUAUUUGGGAACCCCUAGCAGGUGAUACUGUGAUCUCAACCAGGCUUCUAAUUCCUACUUUUAGCUAAGGAGGUAAAGAACUGAAGUGAGACUCAUGUGACAUCUUUGCGCAUUUCUUAGUGCACAGACAGGGUGACCUAGGGUGCUCCCAGUCCUGCAGCCUGUACCAUGCCUGUAUGUGAUUACACAGGCAUGUGUAAUCUGUUGUCUUCAAGAGCAUUGGCAUUUCUUUGAAGUAUGGUGCUUGUCUGCACAAAUGAAGUAUUCAUACCUGGGGGAACUCUUCAUUAACAUUCCUAAGUAAAUAAUUAGUAAAAAAAAAAUAAAAAAAAAAUCAUUUUAUCAUUGCGAAUUGGCAGGAAAAGCAAUUGUUGGUUAUUCUGUAUAUGAAUUAGUCCAGCAUAAGACAGGCUUUCAUUAAACCCUGUCCCCCUGACUUGAUACAGACAGUUUGGAUCUAUAUACAAGGACAUGCAUGACAGCAAAAUGUGAAAGAUAGACCAUAAACUAAUACUUAAAUCUAUGAAAUUGGGAUAAAUUUCCUCCGGAGCCUUGAAGCUAUAACUAACCACUUAGCAGCACCAAAUGAAAAUGUUCCCAUCAGUCCUUUUCCUUAUAACAUGUUAUGAAAAGCCGGUCUGAUACAUGUAUGAUGUUUGAUAAAUAAUUUAACCAUAACAUCUAUAUUUUCCUUUGCUGUUUUCUUUUGUAAUAUAUAUGUUAAAUGAGAUUAAAAAGUAUGGAAAGUUAACUCCCUUGGUGCAGGUUAAUGUUUCAAGGAUUCAAUGGAUAUCCUGAAGACAACAAAAUGAGAAGAUUUUCCAUCUAUACAAAAUCCUAAUGUGCCAAACUGCUUCCAGUGAAUAAUAAUAAUAAUAAUAAUAAUUAAAAACAAAAGAAAGUUACAUAUGUCUUUUUAUUAGGAUUUGCAAAAUCUUCUAUUAACGCACUGUAAUUUUGCACUAUUUUGUAAGAAAAUAAAAAAAAAGGAAAAAGAAAAAAAAGGAACUGACAAAUAAACAGAAAAAAAAAAAUCUAAAAAUAGAUGCCAAAUGUAUAGUUUGUAAAAUACUAUUUUUCUUACAUAAGGUGUCAUCAUAUAGUGAAUCUGUGUUAUUGUAAACUGUGAAAAAUGUGAUGUACUGUUGUGACACAGCCUGUCGAGGGCCAUUUCUAACACACAGAUUAGUCACCUGGACUUCUUUAUAUAUGAAACAUAUUCAUAAAUCUGAUAUCACUUUUAUACUUAUUUUUUGUAGGCUAUUUUUCCACAUUUACAACACAACUGUUAUUUUAUAUCAAACAUUAAUUUUGCUUUAAAAUAUUGUUUAAAUAGGUGGGUGGGUGUCUUAAAUGUGCCAGAUGUUCAAAACUGUAACAAGGUACUUCAGAAACUAUUCUUUGCAAAGCUGUAAUGCUGCUGAAAUUCAAAAUGUUUUGUUGAACAAGCAGGCAUACUGUCAAUAAACAAUAGUUUCUGGUCCAUGAUAAUGAUGAUAAUGUUACAUUCACUAGGAUAAAUGCCUGGUAGUUAUGAGCUGCAUUUCUCUAUCUUUCUCUCUGCUGGAGAAACAAUACUGGGUGCCAUAGCUGAAUGUCAUAGAUAUUCAGCCACUUGCAUGAUGUGCCAUGGACUUGACCUCCAAAAUACAUUGGUGAGAAUUAGGAGAAAAACCCUAAAGCUGCUUGUCCUGAUUCAAACCCACUUCGGGCAUGGAUCAUGUUAACAUGGGAUUGCACUCAGGACUGGCACAAUCUUCGUAAAGAUAGUAAGUUCUCUAUGUAGAAACAUGGGACCACAUUUACUCUCCUAGUGAAAGAUCAGGACCAAAGUUCCUUUCUUGUGUAUUUGAGCUUACACACAUAACAUCGAAUGGGAUCUGAUAUGAAUCCUUUAUUCAUGUUCUCAACUAAUAAUAUUUCUUGUACUGACAACUUAAUCUUUUAUAUGUUUUAAAUAGCAUACAUAAUGCAUAAAUUCAUGUGUAAGAAAUAAUAACCAUGGAAAACUGAAUUUUAAUAAAAGAAUGAAAACCAUUCUUAUCUGCAGGCACAUUUUAAGAUGCCAUGUUAAAAGGAAAUAUUGUAAAAAGCUGUAUUUUUUAUUUGUUAGUGAUUGUAUAUUUUGCCCCAUGACGUUUUAUAACAGGAAUUCUACCAAACUGUUUCUUUGUUACCUUCGAACAAUAUCAUCACCCUGAGAUGCAUCUAAAAAAAUGUAGAGGUUUAGCCACUGAUGUUUUUCAGUAUAUUUUUAAUUUGAUGUUGUUGUUAAUCUUUGUUCUGAUUACCUAUAACUAUGGUCAGAAUUUUAAACACAAUUUGACUGCAGUCAGAAGAUACCUACUGUAUGAAACCAUAGGUAACUGUAACCAUUUCAAGGACUUUCAUCAUUUCUGUGAAAUUAAUCUUUCUGAACUCUGAUUCUGACAUGGUUAACAAGCAGCUCACUGACUCUUAUUUAUUGAGCACUGGAAUUCACCCCAAAGGAUAAACACUGAAUUAUGUAAAUAAUAGUGCUCUAUAUAAGCCUAACAAAUUAUUGUAAUAGGUAUAUUUAAAAUAAAAGAAAACAUUCUAAGUGUA